AUGACGCCGGAAGAAAGUGCCGUUCCUUCAAGGAAAUAUACCUCCGUCGACCUCAUCCCCUGGGACCCCGACAACGCAAGCCACUGCGCGCGCCUAUACGACCAGCGCGUGGCGUGUAGUUGGGACGAGGACUUGAUUGACGAGUGGAAGGGCAAAGUCCGUGAGGGCAACAAGAUUCUCUAUUGGAUUAAGAUGAACGACGAUUUGCCCGCAAAAGAAGAGCUUCUAGCAAAGCACACUGCACGAUAUCCCAACGAAAAAGAAGCCAUCGUCGACACGGCAGAAACCGUCGGCAAAGCCCCCAGAACACCAACAUCAGUCUCCUUCAUCCCCAUCGGCCACAUCGCGCUGGACUUGUUUCCAGACCGCAACGAGCAGUUUAAGCUGCCUCAGAGCACGGUCUGGAUCAAGUCGCUUUACAUCUCAUGGGCCAUCCAAGCCGGCGGCUUCGGCCGCUCAGCAAUGCACCACCUCGAGCGCCUCGCCACCCAGCCUCCCCUCCGCGCCACGACAAUGGCCCUCGACACCCUCACCAAGGACUUCCAGGCCACCCCCGAGAACCUGGCCAUCUUCAACAAGAUCCGCGGCGCCGAGCUCCCCGUGGAACAGUUCCGCUCCAACGAGGACUGGUAUGCCAGGCAGGGCUAUCAGGUCAUUGGGUACGUCACGGGCUUGGCCAAGUGGCGCGAUAGGGAGACGGGGGUCGAAAUUGACGUCCCGCUUGUGUUUAUGAAGAAGGAUCUUGUGUAG